AUGAAUCAACGAGAUCCCGAGUCUGCAGAACUACAAGAACGGGCUGAGACAGAAGCCAAGAACUUGAUCUGGGUGUUUCCCGAGAAACUGAAGAAGUGCACUUUUAAGAACGCUUGGAAUGUAAGUCUGAUCUGAAUUGUCUUUGACUUUUUUAGGGAUUCUCAAGACUGGAAGUCAUCCUAUACAUUAGGCCGCAUGUCGAGAACUUGCUGGUAUCGAUGGAGCUGGAGAUCAUUUGUCCGCCUUUAUAUCCAAGAGAGUAAGUUUACAUUGUUAUAAUAUAUUACUGUAUCUGUAGUUCUCCGAGAUUCAGCUACGCUGCACUGAAUGGGAUCACUAAUGAGGAUUUGUAUGACUUAACGUCAAGAUUAAGACAAAUAAUAACAGACGGAGCAGGAGUAAGUUUUAAGCUGGUCAUGGAUAUUGUUUUAGGAGGUGGUGAUAGUGCAGAUGAUGAUAGAAGCAGACAACUAUUUGAGGGAAAUCAACGACCGGAUGACCGGUGACGGGCGUGCCAGAUCAAUGAGGUUACCUGGCAGUCCUGCAAAACUGCCAACAGAGCCUACAACCCCCAAGGCUGCCGAGGAGAAGAAGGUGAUAACCACAUCACCAAGUCUUCCGACCGAAGUGUUGGUGGAAGUACGGAAGGAAGACGAAAUCCAAUGUCAGAAGAACAAGAUGCUAAAUCUUAUAGGGCCUUUAGGUGCAUCUCAAAGUUACGAGAUAUUGAAUAAGUCUGGCCAGUACGUCAACAUCAAGAAGGUCACGAAACACAAGCCAAAGAGAAGUCCUUGUCACACUUACUGUACAGAAUAUUUUGCGUGGGAUGAUGUAAGUUUUUGUAGUUUCAACAUUAGUAUAAUAACGAGUAUUUAUGUUAUAAUUAGGCAAUCAUGUUUUAGAGUAAAUUAGUCUUGGUGUCCGAGUUUGAGUUGAAUUUCAAGAUGGAGAAUAUAAUCAAGAAGAAAGCCAUUACAACGUUUCACAAGAAUUUUAUGAAUUUCCUUCUGAAAGCAAGGCAUUUCCCAUUGCCGAUUGAUGAAGAGUUGUUAACACCAUAUCUGUUUUUCAAAGAUGUGCCUGAGUUGGAUGAUGCACUUCGUUACAAGAACAAGGUCGUGAUGGGACAAUAUUUGAAUAUGGAGAAUAAUUCGUUGACAGAAGAUCGUGUUUUGAAGAAGAUCAAGAAGAACGCGGUAAGUUUUGGUUUUAUUACCUAAAAUUCGCUUUUUUUAGUUUUGUUGAUUCUAUAUUUAAAAUUUUUAAUUUUAUAUAAAUUCUGAAAUGAUAUCAAUUUUAAUUUAUUUUUGGUAAAAUGAUGUAAAUAUAUUGCUUUAGGCGUCUUUAUUACCUAAACUGGCUACUCAAAUCCUGUGUGCUUUGAAAACUCUUCAUGACAACAAGCUAGCUCACGGAAUGUUAAUAAGAAACAAUGUGUGGAUGGAUGAGAAACAAAACUUCAUUUUAUCAGACUACUGGUUUACUGUAGAGUUACAAAGAUUCUGUGAAGAUUUUAAGAGAAUAAUUACCAAUUCCAACCUCAACAGCUGUCAGCAUCUGAAUGUUAAGGAUAUGAAGCAACUGGACUUUGUAAAGCUGGCUGAAUUACUGGAGUCUCUGGCAGCUGACUGCAAAAACAUUGGGGAUGACAAGAUAUUCGAGGAGAUGAAGAACUUCACAUCGUGUUGUAGGGAGAAGGACGUGGACAUGCAGAAACUUAUGAACCACGCGUUUUUGUAUGGAGGUGAGUGUCGUAUUAGAAAUAUAAACUAACAUUUAAUUUUUUAUAACGCUGUUUAUUAUUGUUGUUCAUAUAACUUCGUUAUUAUAUUGUUUUAGAUUUCUUGUCGUCAGAUUCUUCCAGUUCGUCAUCACAGUCAGGACACGAAAUGUCUCCGACUCUUACCGGUCGACUUGUCAAGGAGUACAAUGUUCUAGGCUUUUUGGGUAAAGGAGCUUUUGGACAAGUGUUUUUGGCCAGGUAAGUCUUUUUAUGUUACCGUAAUAACAUACUCUGGAGAUUUUUUUUUCGUUAAUUUAAAUUGUGCGUAAUAAUAUUGUAUCUGAUGUAGUAUAACGCAUUGUAGAAAUAAACUUGAUUCGAAUGACUACGCCAUCAAGAGAAUCAAUCUGACUGGGUUCCCAAAGAAGCACGUUGAGAAGAUCGUGAACGAAGUAGCCGUGUUCUCGAAGCUGAUCAACGAACACAUCGUACGGUACUUUUCAUCGUGGACUGAAUCUUUGGUAUACGAACCAGUUAAUACUUCUACCAUUACUAGUAAGGUUUUAGCUUUGUAAAGCCGUUUUUUAAUAUAAAGUUUACUUAAUCUCUAUUAUCAGUAGUUUUAACAUUAUUUUGACAUUUUUAAUAAUUUAGAUGAAAAGCCUAAGAAGGAGAUGAAGAACCAAGUUGAUGUAGACGAGUCAUCGUCAGGAGGUGGGUUCUUCAGAAAGAACAGAAAGCCUUCCAUAAGAUCGUCGAACAUUUUGGAUCAUUCCCAACUGAAUUCUGAAUUCUCGGUCAUCUUUGAAGACGACGAGGAUGACGCCGUCAUGACAGACGACGAUGAAAUUGACGUCGAGAUGCCACAAGAACCAGAGGUACCAAAAGAAACAUCCAACGCUUACUUGUGCCUACAGAUGGAGUACUGCAGGAACGGCACGUUGAGAACGCUGAUAGACACGGAGAAGUUGUAUGAGAAUGUGGCUAUGAUAUGGAGGUUGUUCAAGGAGCUCUUGUUAGGUAUCCAUUGUCUACACGAGUAUAAUAUCAUCCACAGGGAUAUCAAGCCUGGAAACAUAUUUCUGGAUGGCAAUUGGUCAGUAAGUGUUUAAUAUUACUAUGUAAAACGUGUGCAUAAUGUUUUCUAUUGCAAUUUAAAUGUAUUUAUUGUAUUUAAUUACAAACAUUAUUUUAGGUAAAAAUAGGUGACUUUGGUUUGGCAACUCGUGCCCUCUCCUCGAACAGAUUGAGUAAAGAUUCCCCUGAUAAGAUGGCGAUACGACCCAUGAGUCCAAGUGGAGGUGAUAGUAUGACGAAAGACUGUGGUACAAGUUUCUACAUCCCUCCAGAAGGCACCAAGUCUUCCAGUAACAAGGUCUACGAUACCAAGUUUGACAUCUACAGUGCUGGUGUAGUUCUGUUCGAGAUGAUUCAGAAGCCAAUUGACACAGGUUUCGAACGUGUCAAAGUACUAGAGAACUUGACAAAGUCGUUCAUAUUGACCGACAACUUCUUCGAUCACCUCCCGCAGACUCAUCACAAUUCUGCCGAGAGACUUCUGAAGUGGUGCUUGCUACACGAUCCCAAAGAUCGGCCGAGUGCUACAGAAGUACUGACUUCAGGAUUGAUUCCUCACAUCACUUCGGCAGAGGAUAGCUUCCAGGUACGUUGAUUGAACUGAACUAAUUAAAUUCAUAAUAUUGGUGAAAGGUGUUAUAAAAGUGAACACGUAAUUAAAAUUAACGCCUUUAGAAGAUUUUUUCUCGAGUUAUUCGAAACCCAAAACAUCGACUUCACAAGAGCGUAAUGAUGGAGUUGUUUAAAUCUAUAGGACCUUCGUAUGCCGUGAAUGGUUACGACAAGAACUUUGUAAGUUGUAAACUGGUCUUAUAUUCAAUUGAUAAUGAUGUAAAUGUUUUUCUUUCUGAGUAAAUUUUGUAUAUUUCAGGGGAAUAACACCUCAAUCGAGUUCAUGUCUACACGCAACGAAGUAAUUACCAAAGUUAGAGACACUUUCAAGUUGUAUGGCUUUGCACCAUUGACAGUACAGUCGUAUGUUCCGGCUACCUCCACUCAGGAUAAGAACGGAGCCUUAUUCAUGCUGAACAGCCCUUAUAUUACAGUAGACUCGACUGGUAGUCUUUUAUCGGCACCAUACAGCUUACGUCAAUGUGUAGUCCGACAGUUCUUGCAUUCAUCAACCAAGAAGGGCAAAUACCUUGUAGUCGACAAGCUGAAUGUCAGGCCAAGAGAAAUAUCAGGUAAUUAUUUACUUUUCUUAUGUUUAAUUUUAUAGUAUGACUUAUUAUUUUGUCUUUUGUAGGACACGUACAUCCAGAAACAAAGUACGAAGUAAGUGUGGAUACUUUGGGAGCAGCUGACAGUAAAUACUUGAUCAUCUCCGACUUUUUGAUGGCCUCCAGCAAGCUAAUUUCAUCAUUGGGACUUAAGUCACUGGAAUGGAAGACACUAGUAUCUCAUGCUGGCUUGAUCAGAGCUAUUGCGUCUCACUUUGGCAUCAAUGAUGAUCAAACUUUUUCUGUGCUGCAGAAUGCACUGUACUCGUUCAGCACUGGAGCUACUAAAAGUAUUUUUUUAGACUUAAUAAUGGUUGUUAAGCAUUGCAACAUAUUGAUGUAUGUGUUUCAGAAGACCCGUUGAAGUUUGAGUUAAUUCAUCGUUGUAAAAUACCUGAAGAGAAGAUAAAGGACCUGGUCACCUUCUUAAAUGGACCUUAUGACACUGUCCAAUCACUGAAAGAAGCCUUCAACAGUUUGAUAAAGACGAAGAAGGUGAAUGUCAGGAGUUUGAUAGACACGGUGUUCUCCGAGCUUGAUGGUUUGGCCAAGUUCUUGAAUUCCAACAACGAAACCCUGCCGAUUACUUUCAACCCUGGCUUCGUGUAUCAACCAGCUAUGUUCUCAGAUGGAAUCAUGUUCGCCAUCCAAUGUCACGGCAAGAGUUGGACUACUGUCAUGGCUGGAGGUAAAAUGUUAAUUCAUUUGGAUUCAGGAACUUUUAGUUAUUCUUUUAAAUAGGCAUUCUUCCAGCUUUUAGAAUUGUAUUUUUAGGCGACUACACUCGUUAUAUCAACUACGUCUUUACAACAUCUAGUAACAAAUGGGACAAAGAAACAGUAGCUUAUGGCUUCAACUUGUCAGUAGAUGUUCUCUCCAAGUUUUUGCAACGAAUCGGAAAGGUUGCUCCCGUCUGUGACGUUCUCGUGGCCUCUACAUCACCUGAUCUCCUAACUUCAGCUUCUCGACUUUGUUCUGAACUCAGGAAUCUGGAGAUCUCCGUUGAACAGUGGCCAGAGUUUUCGAGUUCUGUUGAUGAACUUAUGGUAAGUAUUUUAAUUCGCCUUUCAAGUUUUUUUUGUAAUUUUUGAAAUUAAAAUAUGUCAAUUUUUUACCAAUAUUAUAGAGAACCUUUUCGUAAUUUAAUUGCCUUUAGGAGUAUUGCACAUUCAAAACAGUAAAGUACUUGAUUAUGUUUGUCACUAUCGACGAAGUCAUCUUACAAUUGAAUGGAGCCUUUGACAAAACGGAACAAUCGACCGGUAGCUUCAGAGUGCUUCUGAAUCGGGCAACGCCAUCAGAAGUGGUUCAAUCAUUGCUUCAGAAAAGAAACCAGUCACGUCAAUCUCAUAGAACCAACUCAGAGUCAAUUGAACAAAGCCCCAGCCAAUCAUCGAUAGCUGUCGGAAAGGUACCUCUCGUUCAGUUCACAGAACUCGGCGAACUCAAGAUGAGCCAUCAUCUGAGGAAGAAGUACAUUGUAGGUUUGAUUGUGUAGCCUAUUCUUUUUGAGACAAUGUUUUGCAGUUAACAGUAAUCAACUAGGUACAUUUUCAGAACCAUGUACAAGCUUUACUGGACCCAUAUGCUGCAAAGUUUGAUCCGAAAACCAACUUCACAGCCAUCAUAACCGACCUGCCUGUAGGCGUGCUGAAUCAGAUAUCGUUAGUAAAUGGCAGAGACGAGAAAGAGAUAAUGCUGGCUACCGAACGGUUAACGCGACAGAAUGGAAAGCACAAGAAGGAGAUCGAGAAGGCUCUGGAGACCAUUGAGCACAUGUAUGCCGUCGACAGCAAUCGUGUCAUAGCAAUGGUCACCCGACAAGCCGAGGACUUUAUCCGAGUUCUAAUUUAG